UCGAGUGAACGAUGAAAGGCGCACAAGGAUAAUAAAAUCUUCGCGCAACAGGAGAUUGCAACAUGCCCUUGCUGCCGCACAGGACAUAUGUAACGUCAAGGAGCGAAAAUAAGGUUGCAAAGUGCACUCGGAAACAGUGGCACUCGAGAGCAUUGGCACUCGAGAAGCUGCGGUAACAAGGCGGAAGAAGAACAAUUGGCACUCGAAAGAUGGCGGCCUUUUCCCUCACGACGAUAGGCCUGUUUCUGCUCCUCACUGUACUGCGAGAUGCAUUGAGCGAGGAUGCCGGGUCACUGCCGAGGUUCGUCGAGAAAGUCCCAAAUAUCACCGUGACCGUCGGCCGCGAUGCUCUCCUCCCGUGUACCGUUGAGCAACUGAAGAGUUAUAAGGUAGCGUGGGUGCAGGUCGACACUCAGACGAUCCUGACCAUCCACAAGCAGGUAAUCACAAGGAACCCGAGGAUUUCUCUCCUUCACAACGACCACAGGACCUGGCACCUCGAGCUCAAGAACGUGCAGGAGAGCGACCGAGGAUGGUACAUGUGCCAGGUCAACACGGAUCCUAUGGAAUCCCAGAAAGGAUACGUCGAUGUAGUGGUGCCUCCAGACAUCAUCGACCGCGAGUCCUCUGGUGACCUGACCGUCCGAGAGGGUCAGGACGUGAAUCUGACCUGCCGCGCCAAAGGUCACCCGACGCCGAACAUCGUCUGGAGGAGGGAGGACAACCAGAAGAUUGUCUUGGAUGCUGAGAAGACAGCCAGCGUGGUGGAGGGCGAGACGCUGACGAUGAAGAAGGUCUCGCGGCUGCAGAUGGGGUCGUACCUGUGCAUCGCCUCCAACGGGAUCCCUCCCUCCAUCAGCAAAAGGACGCACCUCAGGGUCCAGUUCCCCCCGGUCGCGUGGGUGCCGCAGCAGCUGGAGGGUGCCUACAUCGGCCAGGAGCUGACCAUCGAGUGCCACACGGAGGCCUUCCCGAAGAGCAUCAACUACUGGACCAACACGAAGGGGGACAUGAUCGUGGCAGGCGACCGCUUCGACCCCAUCGUGACGGAGGGAACGUACAAGGUGUACAUGGAGCUGCGGAUUCGGCGCGUGGAGGCCGAGGACUACGGGACCUUCAAGUGCAUCGCCAAGAACUCGCUCGGGGAGACCGACGGCGCCAUCAAGGUCUACCAGAUAGAGACCCCGAAGGCCCACAGCAACUCGGUUUCCAGCUCGGAGGAACCUGAGGGCGCGUCAGGAGAGUCGCCGGCUCCGACAUCCACGCGGCACCUCGGCAAAGACCACAAGAAAUACGAGUCUUAUGCGCACCCAAAGGGAGUCAACGAUAUAAGUGACGAACACCGACGAGCUAAAUCCCAGGUUGGCAAAGGUUCGGGCCACCUGAACACCCUACAUCGGGGUCGCCAACCUGGCUACCCCGUUCGGCCGGACCAGGACAGCGGCGCCCGGAUGUCGACGCCCCACACGGUCCUCCUCCUCCUGCUGCCGCUGUUCGCCCUCGCCUUCUGCCCUCCCUUCAGGCUACCUUCUCUCCCCUCUUGGCUAGCUCUGCGCCUGUAGUUACGUCAUUAGCUUUGUUCACGGAGGAGAGCUCUGGCGAAGGGCGUUUGGGGCGAGGCGAGAAGGGGGCUGUCAGCUGGUCGCGUGAGGGUUUGCGUGUGAUCUGCCCCGCGUCUUUGGCUUCGCGUUGGAUGGGUCAGUGGGCGGCGAGGUCAGAGGUUAGAGGAAAAGGAGAAAGAGAGAGAAGAAAAAAUAUGAGAGGAUGGUAUCUUCUUUGUAUUUAUUUAUCUUUGUUAAUAGCUUGUUUAUGAUGUUUUGUCGGUAUUUAAGACAGCAAGAGUAUGUUUAUCUGACUUUUCUUUAUCAGAAAGAAAAAAACAGAAAACCGUAAAAAGACGCACUCCAAAAGAAAUAAAAAAGUGAAAGGAUAAAAACAAAAAAAUAAAAAAAAUCAACAAAAUACCUUUAAUCUGCCAGCAACAUACACAACACCGUAUUUCUCUUCAUCAAUUUAUCUAGCCUAGAACCUCCCCCCCCCCUAAAAAAGUCAAAAAAGAAAAAAAAAAAAAAAAAAAAAAAGCAAUCCUUCAGCGCCUUUAGCCAUUAGUUGAAAAAAAAGUUACAUACAGCACUUAACUACCUUAAACUUCGCUAGGCUCUGAAAAUGUGCAAAGCGAAGAUAUGCGAAAAUGCUAAUCUGCAGUCUCGCAUUUUAAGCCCGCACUGAUGAUCUAAGGUCUGCCUUUUUCAUUCAUAAAAGGAUACCAUCAGUAUUAUUUCAAUCAAGAAUAACAUCGAUCAUCAAUAAAUAUUGUAUCAUCAUCAUAUCUUCAUCAACACGCAGGAUACAUCUCCGCUAAUUAUCAUAUCAAAAGCUUUACAACUCUGAGAAGCUAACAAUUAACCCUAUUAGUUCUACAAUCAGCCACAAUUAGGUGAACAAUCACGCCAAAAGGAUAUAUCAAAGGAUUAGGUCUGGGAGCGAGGAAGGGAAUUAAUCCUAAGCCAUCAGGCCAGCAAUCCGAACAAUAAUUCGAAGUUGGCCCAACUUCGCUAUAGACUUUGAAGAACUUGAUCUGCUGGAGAUUUACGACUUAACCUUUACUUAAAUUAUGAUUGGGGUUUAUCCAAAACACGGGGAAAAUAUCCCACAUUCAUUCGUAUUUUAAUUUUUUUUUUGUAAUAUGUGAACCGAUAUGUCUAUUCUACCGCCCAUUUUUCACCAUUAGUUAGAAGACUUAGUCACCCUUAACCCUUUAAGAUUUGGAGAUUCCCACAUAUAUCCACGAUCAUUCAUAGAAUAAAGGCUCGUUACGAUUGCUAUGUUAACCAAGAGACCGAUCAUUCAUUACCAUUAGUCAUCAGAACCACUAUUAACCCUGUAAUUGGGCAUGUCACCCCAACCAUCCGUACCGUAAACAGGUUCCCUACAACCUUUACCUCAGAGUCUUACCCCCUACCUCCCCAUUACCCCAUUAGUCAGUAGAGUAAACCACCAUUAAUCCUGCCUCUGGAGUACCCACACCUCCCUAAUCCCCCCCACCUCCCUCCCAUUCACGAGCCCCCAUUCAUCAUAAAACCCACUCGAACCAUUAACGCUAAUCGACGCCCCCAUCGGCGAGCGAGCUUUGAAACCAUUGAUCGACAUCUCCCUUGGAAGUCCGCGCGUCGA